UGUCCCCAUUGUGACAGGAGAUGGACUUUGAGGACGUGGCCAUCACCUUCUCCCAGGAGGAGUGGGGGCUCCUUGAUGAGGCUCAGAGACUGCUGUACUGCGACGUGAUGCUGGAAAUCUUUGCACUUGCAGCAUCGCUAGGUUGUUGGCAUAACUUGGAAGAUAAGGAGGCCCCUUCUGUGCAGAGUGUGUCUGUAGAAGGAGAGUCACAGGUAAGACCUUCUGAGACAGCGCCAGCAGCCCGGAGGACCCACCCCUGCGGGCGGGGUGUCUCAGUGUUCAAAGAUAUUCUGCACCUGACUGAGUGCCAAGCAGCAAACCUUGAAAAUGGAACAUGCUUCAGAGCUGCCUCUGUGAGCGGCUCCUGCUUCAGUGCAGACUUUGCCCAGCAACAGAGGGAAGCCAGUGGGGAGAAGCCCUGCAGAGGAGAUGCGGACAGGGACUUGGUGACCAGGGGCAGCUUCUGUGCAUCAGGGACGCCUUUCACGCGUCAGGAUGUUGGGGCCGAAUUUCCAGCCAUCUCCGGCCUUCUCCAGCUCCAGUCCACUCUUACCGCUGAGGGCCACACAGUGGCAGUGAGGAGAGUUCACACCUUAGAAAAGCGUUACGAGUGCAGUGAUUGUGGGAAAUGCCUUGGCUAUAAAAUUGAUCUCAUUCGACACCAGAGAAUUCAUACUGGUGAAAAACCAUAUCAGUGUAGUGAUUGUGGGAAGUCCUUCAGACAAAGCUGUGCCCUCAUUCAACACAAAAGAAUUCACACUGGAGAGAAGCCAUAUGAAUGCGGUUACUGUGGGAAGUCCUUCAGACAAAGGACUAACUUCAUUCUGCACAAAAGAGUGCACACUGGAGAAAGACCUUACGAGUGCAAUGAAUGUGAGAAAUCUUUUACCCGCACAUAUAACCUCCUCACACACCAGAGAAUUCACACUGGAGAAAAGCCCUACGAGUGUAGCGAUUGUGGGAAGACCUUCAGAGAAAGCUCUACCCUCAUUAAACACAAAAGAGUGCACACUGGAGAAAGACCUUAUAAGUGUAAUGAAUGUGGGAAGUCUUUUACUCGCACAUCUAACCUCCUUAGACACCAGAGACUGCACACUGAAGAAAGGCCUUAA